UUGCAGUUCACACUAAUUUUGCGUAAUACUCAUCUUUCUACGGCAUUUUGUAUUGACAGUAAACGUGCUCCUUGUUUGACGUUUUGUUGUCGAAGGAUAAUUUUUAUUGCUUUACAAUGUCGCUGUUGCAUAAGAGGACAUUUUGUGUUGUAACGGGUGCUAGUAGAGGAAUAGGAAAGAGUAUCGCUUUGAAUAUUGCACCAAAUCUAGGAACUAAUUCUGUACUGGUCCUGUUAGCAAGAAACACAACCGCAUUGGCUGAAGUGAAGCAGAUGCUAUUAUCGAACAGCGAUAAAACAGCCCACACUAUUCAAGUUAUUUACAGAGGCUUCGACCAGGGAUGUCCGGAUCAGCAGAUAUUUGAACUCUUAUUUUCAAGUAUUUUAAGUGAAGCAAGUGUAGCCGCAAGCGAUUUUGAACAGACUAUAAUAUUCCAUAAUGCUGGAACAUUGGACAAUUUAAAAUACUGCCCACAACUUGAUUCAUUCGCAAAGAAUUCGGAAUAUUUUAAUGUUAACGUAGCCGGUCUCAUCGCUUUAAAUGCCAAAUUUUUGUCAACCUUUGAUAUCCAGCCGAAAGUUGUGAUCAACAUAUCAUCAUUAGCGGCGAAGAAACCUUAUAAAAGCUGGAGUUUAUAUUGUACAGUGAAAGCUGGCAGAGAGAUGUUCUUUAAAGUACUAGCAGCUGAAGACCCAAGUAUACGAGUGUUAAACUACUCACCGGGACCUGUUGACACUGAUAUGUUAACUUAUGCACGAAACGAAACACCCGAUAAAGACGUCAAAGAGGCGUUUUUAGCAAUGAAUAGUGAUCAGAAAAUGCUAAGUGCAGAUACGACUGUCUUAAAGUUACUGGAGCUCUUAGAGAAGAAUACAUUUGAAAAUGGCUCGCACAUUGACUAUUUUGAUGUACUGUAACAGCUUAAUCAACAUAAUAGUAAUGCAUGUUAUAUAAGCAAAUAUUAUAUACAUUUAUGUUAUGCAUGAUUAUUUUAGUUCUGGAUAUACGGUCUAUAGUGAAAAAUUAAUAGGAGCCGGCCAAAGAUGAAUGCCAUCAUACCAUGGUCACUAUGUGUCCGGUCGGUAAGUGAGAUGAUUGCCUUGCGUGUGAACACGACGACGUACACUUUUGUGAAAUUUUAAGCAAUAUUGUAUUAUGUUAAUGUUAAUUAUUAGUAUCAUUAAAACAGUCUAUCGUGAUAUUCAAUCGACAA